AUGUUGCUAUCCGAACUUCCUUCAGAAAUAAUUUGCAACAUUGCCUUGCAUCUCCCAACAGCAAGUGGAGUGACCCGUUUAGCCCAAGCCUGUCAUCGAAUAUACAAAAUCAUCCGAGCGGAAGAAUCAUGGCUUUUCCGAAAGUUCGUCCAAGCCAAAUUUCCUUCCAUCAACACAACACCAUAUUGGAAGGAUGCUGCUCGGGCUCUCACCUCUAGGUCGCGAGCCUUGGAUAGACUGGGCAUUAUUGGCCGGUUCAUCGUGUUGCCGGAGACCAUAACCCGAAUUGGGAUCCAAGAGGAUGCCCGGCUGUAUAAUCCGACCAUAGGAUAUUGUCCUCCCAUUGACUCCUAUGAGAUCUGGAAUGGCAAUUCUUGGGCUGAAAGAAAGGAAGUACUCGCCUGGGGUGCCGGAGAGAAGCUGUUGCUGCGCAGUCGUCAGUCUGGAAGAAAGUCGCAGGAUUGCUGGGUUUUAUUCAACGAUGUGGAUGAGCCCAACAGCCGUGAUGAUAUCAUUGGCUUGCAUUUGCUCAAAACAGACUCCAGUAGCAAAGGCGUUGAUACUGAGGAUGUGAUUUUCGGCCGAAGGCAGGGGGAUAUUCGUCAUAUUGCUCUCUCGCCGCGGAGCGCCACUUAUCAUGAUAUCAAAACCUUUCGGACGGAAGGACUGGAGCUCCUCAGCACCGACCUCAGGCAGGAUGGAAUGCAGUCAUUACUCUCUGCAAAUUUUCUCAACGGAUCCACUGCACUUUAUCACGCUUCUACUGACGAGGAUGAUAUCCUGCCCUUUACGUGGCUUCACCCGGAGAAGCCCACGCGCGGUCGACAUUCGAAACUAUUAUCAUCAUCACGGAUUGCUAUAGCUACCCAUCAAAUAACAGAUCCCGUGAUCAUCUCGAGAAUAUCAUCGAACGGCAUUUCUAUUGAGCGAACAAUUGAUAUGCAUGAUCUGGACAUGGAUACGAAGCUGGCCCGAUAUCAUUCCCAGGUAGUCACUGCGAUGGAGCCGCUUAACAACAGUCCGUUUGUCGGCAAUCCUGGCGAUGUUUUCCUUGCCGCAUGGGGGGACCGCAAAGUGCGACUUCACGAUCUCCGGUCUCCUCGUAGCUACGAAACAAUUUACCGGGAUGGUACAGAUGAUCACCCGAUCUACAGCUUGCAAUCCUUUAGUCAAGACAGGUUCCUUGCUGGUUCGGGAGGCAACGCUUUAGUGAAACUCUUCGAUCUCCGAUGCACCACAUAUAGCUACCUGGAUGCUCAGGGACCUCGCAAAACAGUACCCAACAAUGUGCCUGUUAAGGGGAAUAGAUGCCAAUAUCCUGGCAAAGAUUUCAAUAUAUUCCUAUCCGCACAGCCACCUCCCCAUUUCAACCGUCACAUCACUUCUCGCCCCAUCAGACGAGCCGCGUACCCGUAUCGCGGACCGAUCUACAGCAUGUCUACCCCCUCACCUUCUUCGCCAACUGUAUACACUGGAGUUGCAGGCGGUCUUGUUCGUCUUGAUUUUGCAUCGACAGAUGAUCUGACUGGACCGUCGAAAGAAUGGUUUGAUCAUAACCUGGAUUUGAGAAUUGAUCUGGGUACGAAUAGAGAGCAGCCGUCGGUACCUGUUGGGGACGAGGUUGCGUUUAAAGUGGCAGGCUAUGAGCGUCCGCACCCAGAUGAUUUGACUACCACCUCGAAAUUGAGAAAGCAACAUAAUUUCUGGCACGUAUCGCCUGAAAAUGACCAUAGUGAUGCCGAGUCUGGCUGGGAUCGAAGGUGGGAGGCUCUCGAAAAGCUUGGUGCUUGGCGACGGCAGGAUGGUUAG